AUGGCCGGUCUUCGUAAAGAUCUUGUGUUCUUUGAGGGGCGUAUCGCCGAAACUCAGAAGUUGAUCAGUGGUGAACGUGGCAGCACUGCUAACACGCGCACCGUUCCUGCCAGGGAAGCUGAACCUGUUGUGCCAAUGGCGAGCAUUCCGUCAUUGAGAUUACUUAACGACUCUUCGCGCAAUUCGAAGUACUUUGAGUCUAAUAAGACUCACCCUGCUGACGCCAGCACUGAUAAGGCAUUCAAAACAAUUGGCGCCUUUCUGGACAAGUUCGAAUCGACUCUGGCGUACCAUCGCGUCAACAUAGACAAAGAAUGGUACAACUACCUGCAGACAUCCAUUCAUGAUGGGCAGGAUUCCAGAUCCAUUAAAUGGCUGAAGCAGAGAAACCAAGAGGUGAAUUUCAAGUCAUCCAAAUGGCUAGAAGUCCGUGAAAUGCUUGUUGAGAAAUUUCACAAGUCUUUUAGUUACCUGCAGUACAGGGAAAAGAUGAUGAGAUGCAAGCAGCGCAAUGGUGAGUACAUGCAUCUGUAUAUCGAACGAUUUUUGGACUUGGUGACAAAGACCAAGCUCACCGAUAACCCCACCUUGGUAUCAAUUUUUUUCCACUCAUUGUUGGACCCUGUACGUGAAUGCGUGACAAAGAAGCUCGGCACCAUGAAGAGGGAAGACGGAACGUCUCCUGCUGGGUAUUACGUCUUAGAAGGAGAGACUCUUGCGCAGUUACAGCGCAUUUUUGAAAAAGAGAAGACAUUCUUCGAUGAUGAAUUAGACAAGCUGUUCCCCUUAAUAAAGAAGAAUGAAGGCAGCAAGUCUCCUCAUAAGGUGCUCGACAACAGAACACCGAGGACCAGCGAUCGCAAGCGCAAGCAUGCCGACAUUGAUCGUACUACAACGCAAGACAAGAGGCCACGUCAUGAUGGUGAAUGCGAUGUACUCCGCAAAAAACGAGACAGUUAUUUUAAUAAAGAUAAUGGGUCAAAUGCAUCUAAGUAUGCACCCAAAAACUACACCGGUAAUUUUUCACAAAGACGUAGAUCAUUCGAAGAAAAGUUACAUAACAACCAUGGAUCCAACAAAAGGAUCAAUCAAAUUGAGGCUUCUGCGAAACGUGAAUCCGUCCCCUCACAAUCCUCAAAUGUGCAUCCAGCCGAUGAGUCUCCUGAGUCCAUUUAA